AUGGACAGAUCUAACCUCCCUUUUAUACCCGCGUAUGAAGAUAGAGAUGAUGAAAUUGAUGACGAGAUUUUCUUUUUACUGAGUGCGAUUGACUCAUCAGACGACGAUGAAAACACCAAAAUGCCGCAACGCAACUUGCCAUUACGAGGGGCCAUGUACAUAACAUACAUGUUGAACAGUCACCCAGUGCCGUGUUUUCAUAUGUUUUGUAUGGAGCCACCAGAUUUUAUAGCUUUGUGUUUUGAGUUGAAGGAGCGCCAGUUCAUAAAGAGUACAAGGAACCUUCAUGUUGAGGAAAGUGUUGCUAUAUUUCUUUUGCUUACUGGGCACUCCCAAGGGCAACGGAUCGCUGCAAAUCGCUUUCAACACUCCACGAAGACAAUAAAUCGGCAUUAUAAUAAGGUGUUGAGAGCACUGGGCCAUCUGGCCAAGGUCUACAUCAAAGUGAGACAUAGGACUGGGGUGCACCCACAUGUACAGGGUAAUCCUAAAUAUCCUUGGUUCAAGGAUUGUAUUGGUGCAGUCGACGAAACACACAUAAAGGCAGAGCACCAACGCCUCUUUCGUGGCCGCAAAAAUGAGUGCACACAUAACAUUAUGGAGGGAACCGCGAACGAUGGUCGCAUUUUUAAGGAUGCUGUUACAACUGACCAAGGCUUUGAGUGGCCUACAGAUGGGCACUAUUAUGUGGCGGAUUCUGCAUACUCAUGCAUGCGAGGUUUCUUGCCUCCGUAUAAAGGGGAGAGGUAUCAUCUCUCCCAUUUUUGUAAUAGGCCUCUGCCCCGUGGGUACAAGGAACUGUUUAAUUUCAGACACUCCUCACUACGAAUGAUGAUUGAGAACUGCUUCUCCAGAUUGAAGAGGAGAUGGCGUAUUUUAUACGAUAUGCCUAAGUACUUCUUGACACGUCAACCUGGCAUUAUAAUGGCAUGCUGUACACUACACAACUUCAUCAGGACACGUAAUCCAAAUGAUCAAAUAUUCAACGGCACUGAUGCAGUAGAACCAGGGAUGAGUGAGCAGCCUUAUGCAUAUGGCAACAAUGAUGAGGCAGGCCCCUCACAUUCAGGACAGUAUGACUUCUCAUCUGCAGCUAGCGAUGAAAUGAGAAAUCUUAGAGAAGGCAUUGCACAUGCAAUGUGGGAUAAUGCACAUGGAAACGAAGAUGGAGAUAAUUAA